AUGCGAUACCCAGUACUAGUUAUUACCAACAGCGAAUCACCCGUUGGUGUGUAUAAUACAAUUGCUGGCGGCGAUAGCACUCCAGCAACAUCAGGUACUGGAAUGGGCCAAUACCCCACAAACCCCAACAAGGAGAUGCCAGUUCAAGCAUUCGAUGGUAAUGCGAAUACCAAGUAUACAAGCUUUGGUCCAUGCAAACUUGACAAUUGCAAGGGUAAUCUCUUUCCAGAGAAUUGUGGCUUGAAUACUGGUCUCUAUUUGGCACUACAACAAGGUGCAACGUUCAUCGUAGGCCUCCAGCUCAGUACAGGAAAUGAUUUUCCACGACGCGAUCCUAUCAUGGUAACAUUAGAGGGAAGCAAUCAAUCUGGCACAAAUCUUACUCUCGGCUCCAGUUGGACUUUGAUCUACAGCGGCAGAAGUGGUCUUGCCACUGAUCCAGGUAGAACAAUGUCUGGAGCAAUAGUGUUUUUUCCUAACUCGCGUCAGUAUACAAGCUAUCGAUUUCUCGUUACUGCAAGUCGCGCUUCUGACUGCGCUGUCCAAUAUUCCGAACUACAACUAUUUGGCUAUUAG